GCUCCGAGACCGCGGCGGGUACCCUGCCAGGAGCCGGAGCUGCUGCGAGCCGAGGGGAUAUCGGGAGGCGGAGAACUGAGGCCGGGCCGGCGGGAGCAGUGGAAGAGCUGCACGAAAAUGCACUCGGAUGCUGCUGCUGUCAACUUUCAGUUGAAUUCUCAUCUCUCAACACUGGCAAAUAUUCACAAGAUUUAUCACACCCUUAAUAAGCUGAAUUUAACAGAAGACGUUGGGCAAGACGAUCACCAGACAGGAAGUCUUCGAUCUUGCAGUUCAUCAGACUGCGUUAGCAAAGUGAUGCCACCAAGGAAAAAGAGAAGACCUGCUGCUGGAGAUGAUUUAUCUGCAAAGAAAAGUAGACAUGAUAGCAUGUAUAGAAAAUAUGAUUCAGCUAGAAUAAAAACUGAAGAAGAAACGUUUUCAAGUAAGCGAUGCUUAGAGUGGUUCUAUGAAUAUGCAGGGACUGAUGAUGUUGUAGGUCCUGAAGGCAUGGAGAAAUUUUGUGAAGACAUUGGAGUAGAACCAGAAAAUGUGGUCAUGCUUGUACUAGCUUGGAAAUUGGAUGCACAGAACAUGGGUUAUUUUACAUUGCAGGAAUGGUUAAAAGGAAUGACAUCUCUGCAAUGUGAUUCAACAGAGAAAUUAAGAAGUUCUUUGGAUUACUUGAGAUCAUUAUUAAAUGAGCCUGCAAAUUUCAAACUUAUUUACAGAUAUGCAUUUGACUUUGCACGGGAAAAGGACCAGAGAAGCCUAGACAUCAAUACUGCCAAAUGCAUGUUGGGACUGUUGUUAGGAAAAACCUGGCCCCUUUUUCCAGUAUUCCACCAAUUCCUAGAGCAAUCAAAAUAUAAAGUUAUAAACAAAGAUCAGUGGUGCAAUGUGCUAGAGUUUAGCAGAACAAUUAAUCUUGACCUUAGCAACUAUGAUGAAGAUGGAGCAUGGCCAGUUUUGUUGGAUGAAUUUGUGGAAUGGUAUAAAGAGAAACAGAUGACAUAGGAAUUUAACUAUGCACAGCAGCUCAAGAGUCCCUGUUAGCACAGUUCUGUCAACCAUUAGCCAUAAAUUGCUGUUUGUAUCAAAGCGCAUGCUGCUUUUCUCGCACAGUGUCCCUUCUUCGGGGAAGUUGUGGUGUUUUGCUAUUUAACAAGCCAAUGAUCCUUGCUGUGUAGCAUUGUCCUCUUUGAAGGCUGCUUUGCAUUUUGUAUUUACACUACAGAUUGGUGAAUUUGCCAACGUCUUCACUGUGAUUAUGUGUAUAUUGCUGUUUAAAUUUUGUAUAUGUGUAUAAAAAAAGCUUCACCUAGAGAUUAUUUCUGCAGAAAUGUAUUGUAAAAAUAAUUUUGUGGCCCAUUUUCGUCACUUUUUUCAAAUGAAUCUUUUAUUUCUUUAUUUGGUCUCAAAUGUAGCAUUUCAGAAAACAAGACUCAAGAACUCUUUGGACAUUGUUGCCAUGAGCAGCCAUUGCCAGUAUAACCUUUCUGUUUAAGAGGCCAAUUUUUUGAAAGGGGAAUGAAUAGCAUUUCUUCCUUCAGCAGCACAUGCCAAAUGUCACUUAGUUUUGGUUAAAACUAUUGGCCUUCAAAAAAUGGUUAAAAUUGUAAUUAUUGGGAAACAUAUUGGUGAUAUGCCACAGAUAAUUUCUGCUGGGUACAUAGAGUGUUGUUUGGUUUUUUAACAUACACAUAUUUAAACUUUGUUUUAAUGUUUAAUCAAAACCCCUGUACUAUUUUGAACAGUGCUACAGAUCAGCAAAUUAAAAAUAUACCUUUACAAAAAUGAUAUUUAAGCUCCUCUAAAUUGCCUUUGGCAUACUCCUUCCUUCUUCCUCAGCACUCUCUUUUCCUUUGGCUUACAAAGAAUGCUCAGACUUCUAUUGUUUCCUAAGCUACUAAAACUAAAAUUGAUGUUCUCCCUCCAUCCAAAAUGAAUGGUUUGUUGGCAAUCACAAUUUAUCAACUCCAGCCAACUGUGGGUCAUGGUUUGAAUUUUUAGUUAGGCUUUCAUAGUGUUUAAUUUUCAGUUUCUUAUGUAAUUAAAGAACUGUAUUGAAUAGCGAGGAUUUGUUUUUCCUUUUCUUUCCUGCUGGGUUUUUCCUGGCAAAAUGUUCAUUGCAGGCAAUGGAUAUUAAACCACCAGCAUUGAGUUAAAUACACACUAUCUUUUAAGUAGGGACCACUUUUUUUGGUGACUGAGUCAUUUGUACAGGAAAGUUUUAUUUGCCUAAAUGAGGAAAACAAGAGUGAGUGGAAUGAUAUCAUAAGGUUUGUAUUUUAUGUCUUUUCUUUGCCUUACCCUUUCUUAGGAAAUGUAUUGUCAAUACCAAUGCUUAUUUCUUCAGUCUUCCUGGUGCUAAAUAAUGCAGUCCCUAAGGUUUUAUGAAAACAGAAAAUUGUAUGGUUGACAAGUAAAAAUCUAUUGGUGCAUUUGAACAAAUGAAAUGAAUGCAGCUAUUAUGUAGUAUGAGCAGAAUCCAAGACCAGGCAAGUAAUUGGAAGCAGUUGGAACUUGGUUGAAAUCUGCUAGUAGUUCUUCUGCUCUCCCCCUAAAUGUGAAUUUUUUCAGUUGUAUAAAAUGAGAAGCAGCACACAGGCAUGUGCCUCUACACUGCUGUGUCGCAGUUUCUCUUCUAACAGUGUCCAGGGUUUUAGAUUGGAUUUGAAUUUUUUCCCCUGUUGUAACUCAGCCAACCACCAAAGACAAAUUAUAUGUAUAUACAGUGUGUGUGUGCAUAUACAAAAUCACAUUAUGGUAAAAAUACAACUACUACCUUUCCCCACCAAAUAGAAAUGUUUGGUUUGCUGUGAAAUAAACACAUAUUGGAGUUUCAAAAACAAUAUGAUGACUAAGCAUACCUGAUUGUUCCUAAAUUAUAUGCUCACAUGUGGUCAUUUCUGAGUUAGUGCCAGUUUGCACAAGAAUAAUAACUGUGAGUGGAUUAGAAAAUAUUUAUGACAAGCAACCAAUAUUAAAUUCAGUAUUUUGAAACAUUUUAGCACAAGUGUACCUAUUUCAAUGGUGAUAGCCAGAGGGGAAAUAUAGAGAGUACUGUUUUGAUUUUUUUUUUUAAUUAGAAACAAACCACAUUUUAGAAGUAACAUCUUAUAAAUUUUAUCAAUUGUGGGUUGUUGUUGUUUUUUUUUAAAGUAACAGCAACACACACAAAAACCCUGGGUUUUUAUUUUUAAAAGUCAGAUUAAGAAUCUGGAGAAUUUUUUUAAACACAAAAUGGCACAAUUCUCUCAGAAUAUAAAAAUAUGUGUUGCAAAGGGAAAAUUAUAUUAGGUAAAUAAUUAGACUUUUUAGCAAUGGAGGGUAAAACCUGAGAAAGCUAUUAAUUAUGUAUGAUAAAAACAUGAAUCUCAAGGGGCAACCAAAAUCUAUGUGCUUAGAAAAUCCUGAAUGGUUUUCAGAUUUUAAACUUUUUGUUAAUAAGCCUUUGGGAUUAUUUGAUUGAAGAUUCCUUCCCCCCUUCCCCCUUUUUAAUGUAGUUCUUUUUAAGAGUAGAGAGAUAUUGGAGGGAUAGGAUGCUUAGACUUUUUUUUUUUUAAGUCUCUGUCUACUUAUCCCUGGACUAGGCUGAUAUUGACUCCUCAUAGAUAUCGUCAGAUGGUUAUUUAGUGGCUUAUGCCAAAAGAUUAGUAUGUUUCUCCUCCUUCUCCAGCAAGAUCCUCAACCCUUUUACCCUCAUGAUAUUUGAACGUUACCAUAUAAGAGCUCACAGUGUAAUGGAAUGUAAAGUUAGAUUUACAUUGCCACAAUGGUUGGUCAGAGGUUUCAUUAUUGGAUUCUUUUUUUAAAAAUCUGCUUAAAUGUGGUGUAUCUUUUUGAACCAUGAGCUACUAGUUACAUGGUUUUUUGUUUUGUUUUUGUUUUAUUUUUUGCAAAUCUGAGUUAAAAUACCUUUAUACUUUUGUCCAACUUAAGAUGUUUUUGACCUCCACUUUCUAAUUUAAUUGUACUUUUGAGGUUUAUAAAGAAAGCUUUAAAAAUUAGCUUGUCCCCCUAAUUUUAAUUCUUACAACUGCUAAAAUACCUCUGUAAGCCUUAUCCUUUCAUAUGUUCUAUUAUAAAUGUAUAGAAUUCAUCCACCAACUGAACUGUUGGUUGUCUGUAAAUGAGA